CUCGCCGCCAACACCCUCGUAUGUUUACAUGAAGAGAGCACAUGUGUUUCUCCGUGCUUAAGUCGCUACAACAAUCAUAGGCUAUUACACACUGCUAAGCCAGCUGCUCAGCCGCCGGGACACGUCUAUUGAAUGGUUUACGGAGCACAGUAUUGGGCUUUGACUGCUGUGACGUCAGUAAGCCCCAUUCAGAAACCCACCAUGUUGCGCCAUGAGACCGCCAGUUACAGACAAUAAUGCUGAUCCAUCCAAUUACAGUCUCUAGCAAUGCAUGUUGUCCCAAUAACUUGGGGUAUUAUAUUGUUUCGACUGUCUACUUUCCAGUUUAGGAGUGCUCUUACGCAAGUGGAUAGAACUUCCGUCCGAAAGACUAGGGAGACCAUGGCCGCCAACAGACCACGUAUAUUGCGGGAUGGAGCUAGCCUGCGUUUCAUGCAGGGAGGCCCAUCAACAUCAAUUUCAGCCACGAGGAAAAACGUGCUUAAUAACGCAUUACUAUAUGCCGCUGUCAAAUUGCCAGAAGUCGAAGCUGAGGGUCCAGAGUGUGGGGCAUCGGAGUAAUGGGAGCGAAGCAGGAGAGCUGUUUUGUUCACUCAAAGGGCUCGCAUGUUGAGGAGUUUUUAUUAUUAUUUUUAUAUAUUUUUUAUAAAGCUUAUUGUACAUGGUGA